GGGACGCUUCUUUCAGCAGCAGCAACAGUUAUUCAGCCACCUCGGUAGCUUGCUAGCCAAAAUAGCCGAACCCAUAAAGCUCUUUAGACGCUUUAGUGUAUAUUAGCCACUGUAUUUUAAACCCUUGUCUGUCGUCUAGUUAGUUAGUUAUCCUAUUUAAUUUCAUAUUUACGGUGUUGUUAUUAUUCAGCUAGCGGGCUGGUUAAGUUAGCAUUAGCCUAGCUAGCUAAUAUCUCCGACCAUGAGUUCACUAAAUUACUCUCUUCCUGCUGAAGAAGAGACGGUCUGUUGGACGGAGAAAGAAGCUCUCAUCAAAGAGGAGGAGGAAGAGAAGGAUGUUACAAUACAAAAACAAGUAGAGGGUGAGGCUGUUACCCUGAAAGAAGAAGAGAAAGACGUUACAGUGAAAGAAGAGGCGUUCAGAGUGAAAGAGGAGGAGGGUGUUACAGUAAAAGAUGAGGAGGUUUCAGUUUUUGAAGUGAAAGCGGAGGAGGGGGAGAAUACGGUCAAAUCGGAAGAAGAGGAGGAGGAAGAGGAGACUGUUACAAUACAAAAACAAGUAGCGGGUGAGGUUGUUACCCUGAAAGAAGAAGAGAAAGACGUUUCAGUGAAAGAAGAGGAAGACGUUUCAGUGAAAGAAGAGGAAGACGUUUCAGUGAAAGAAGAGGAAGACGUUACAGUGAAAGAAGAGGCGUUCAGAGUGAAAGAGGAGGAGGGUGUUACAGUAAAAGAUGAGGAGGAUUCCGUUUUUGAAGUGAAAGCGGAGGAGGGGGAGAUUACGGUCUCAUCGGAAGAAGAAGAGGAAGAAACUGGAUAUCUGGGCCCGAUUUCCCAAACGCAAUUUAAGGCAUGCAGUGGUUCUAAAGAUGAACUUAGCCAUAAGAUGGUUUUGAGAAACCGGGCCGUGAUUACCACUGGAGAGAGACGGGACUACCGUGGAUCCUCUGGGAAGCCUCAACAACCUCAUGAUGCUGACAAGGCAGAGAAGAGUCUCUCCACAUCAGAACUCCUCCAGAAACACCAGCAGAGACCCACAGGGAAGAAAUCUCAUUGCUGCUCUGACUGUGGGAAAGGUUGCAAAUCUUCAUCAGAACUUAAAAUACACCAGCGAGUACACACAGGAGAGAUACCUUAUAGCUGUGAUCAAUGUGGCAAGAGUUUUACUACAUCAAGCCAUCUGACAGUACACCAGAGAACACACACAGGAGAGAAACCUUAUAGCUGUGGUCAAUGUGGAAUGAGUUUUACUGCAUCAAACCAUCUGAUUCGACACCAGAGAACACACACAGGAGAGAAACCUUAUAGCUGUGAUCAAUGUGGGAAGAGUUUUGGUCAAUCUAGCAAUCUGACAGUGCACCAGAGAACUCACACAGGAGAGAAUUCUUAUAGCUGUGGUCAAUGUGGGAAGAGUUUUACUACAUCUGGCUCUCUGACUCUACACCAGAGAAUACACACAGGAGAGAAACCUUAUAGCUGUGGUCAAUGUGGGAAGAGUUUUGGUCGAUCUGACCAGCUGACAUCACACCAGAGAACACACACAGGAGAGAAACCUUAUAGCAAUGAUCAGUGUGACAAGAGAUACUCUGAUAAAAGAUCUCUGAUCAAACAUCAGAAAAUAUAUACAUGAAGGAGUUAUUUUGUGAUAUCAAUGAAUUAAUGUCACAAUGUAGAAUGUUUUAACAUUUUAGUAUGGGUAUUUUAAGGAGUUUCACAAUGUAGAACCCGAAUUCAAUUGAUUUCAGCGAUAUUUUAUGAUAUGAUAUUAGCUUUGGGAAAAAUCCAGGCUCUGAAUUGAAAGAGUCACUUUUUGUUAAAUCACAUAAACAGUACUGACACAAAAAGAGCUGUGUUACACCAUGUUGUACUAGAGAAUUGGGGACUGGGUCUUCCUGUCUUUAAGUUUGGUGUGGGUUUUUCUUUUGUUUCCCUCUUCUUGGGUAGAUUUAGUGGGUCUUAUGGUGGGUGUCUUUUAUGUCCCAGUUGUUGUUACUAGUCAACUUUCAGUGGACAGAACCCUUUAUAUUUUGGGAUGGAUAUUGCAUCCAAUUAAUAUUUUAGUCAUUGGCAUUUCCUUAGAAUGCUCAUUGGUCUUUCAGUUGUUAAUCUUCUGUUUGUUGUGUACCAAAUAUUUUUGUUUAUUUUCAUUGUUUUCUCCUGUGAAGCCAUUAUGUUGCAUCCAUGUCUGA